AUGAAGAAGAUCGAAGGAGAAAACGGGAGUGAGGAAGGAGAGAUCAAACGGGAAGGAGGAGAGAGAAAACGGUGGAACAGGAAGCCAGAAAGGGCUCAGGGCAGUUUAUCUUUGGGCAUUGGUGAGGCACGAUCUUUUUACGAGGUUAAACAUCUACAACAAUGUGUUAAAGAUGAAUUAAUAGAUUUAUCUGACAAUAAUAAUCUUGAUCAUGAUUAUGUUUAUGGUUUCCGUAUUGAGACUUGUGUUGAUCGUUACAUGGAAUAUGAUGAGGAGGUAAUGAUGAGGGCGGCGGUAGAACAGUCGUUAUUCGAGAAUGGCGGAGGACGACGACCUACACCAGCAAACGAGGCGGCUAUCAAGGGAUUAGAGAGGUUGAUGAUCAAAGAUAAUGAAGAUACUAAUUGUUCAAUUUGUCUUGAAGAAUUUGAUGUUAACAAGGAAGAGAAAAGGUUCAAGGUAACGAUGCCGUGUAAGCAUGAGUUUCAUGAGAGUUGUAUAAUUCAGUGGCUUCAUACUAAUCAUGUUUGUCCUCUUUGCCGAUAUCAGUUGCCGGUUAUGGGUGAUUCUAAGGAGUAA